UACUGAUUGUUGACAGCUGCUAAGCAAUCCAGGAUGCAGACGAAUUUUACUUCAGAUGCUUGAUAAGCAACUCUCCUUGCUUUUCAUCUCCGGGAACCAUGAAUAAUGCUAAUCCUAAAGAUGUUGGGGAAAGAAUCCCACGAGAAAAGUUACAUGAUCAAAACGAACAGUUAACACAAAAGCACGUACAAACUUUGCAAUUUGUACAGGAAAUAGCACGUGAAAACAAGGCUCUGAAGGCCACAAUUGCUGAAUAUGAGAAAGAAAAGGAGAAAUGUAAGGAGAUCCAUGCUAUUGCUGAGGAGAGUCAGACAAGACUAAAACAGCUGCAGGAACAACUACAGCAGAGAAACGAUGAAAUUAAUGCUAUGUUACUGGAGAAACACAAAGAGGAGAGUCUAACAGAGAAGGAUCCUGAGAUGAUGAAAGUUCUUGAAGAAAAAGUAGAAGGAGGGAGAAAAUUGACAAUAGAGAAAACUGAGCUCAGGGACCAAGUGGACAGACUGGAGAGAACUAACCAACAGUUACUCCUACGACUGGAAGGUCAAACGGCCUUACAGAGUAGAAUAGAGGAAGAACAGAAAAUGCUGAAGUCAUAUAAAGAUGAAAAUGAAGAACUAAAGCGGGAACUAGAGAGUUUAAGACACCAGAAGCGCCAGCCUGUCGACUUCGAGGAGGUAGACAUGAUGAAAGCCAGAAACAACCACCUUUUACAGGAGGUACGAGAGGCAAAUCAGAAAAACAUGGAACUCAAUUUUCGUCUCAGUAAACUAGAAAAGGAGCUAGCACAACAGGAAGAGGAUAAGGACAAGUUGACCUUGAUAGAGAACCUGAAGGUCAAGGUCACUCAGAUGCAGGCAGAGCGAGGCAGUGCUCUGGAAAGAGAACGUAAUUAUGAAAAAAUGUUGAAAGAACUUCAAGCAGAAAUGAUGUCUUUGAAAGAAUCCUAUGUGAUUUUAGAAUUAGAUAAAGAGCGAUAUCGUACAGAGUACCAGAAACUAUUGGCAGAACUAAUGUAUCGACGUAAAAAAGAUUCCAUUGAUAGUGCGAGUAAGUCUUUUAAAGAUUUUGUUCAUCUGAAGAGAGAACUAAAUGAAGCUAAAAAUGAAAAUAGUGAUUUACGUCGAAUGGUGAAGCCAGCACAAUUGCCAAUGUUGAGGGAUAGUGACGGUCCGAGGAGGUUAGAUGAAAGACGUGGAUCAGGCAAUUCACAAACUUCCAAAUCCUCAAACAAUGGCCGGCAAAAACAAAACAGGACAAAGAGCUUAACUUACUUGACUAGCUGAUGUAACAACUUGUUAAAAUAGAAAGUCACUUGGCGACAACUUGGAGAUGAUGUUCUAGACAUAGGUCUGUGAUACAGUUAUGUGAAAACUAAGAUACUGGGUAGUGUUAAGUAUUAUUAUUAUUUUUUUUCAACAAAUAGAUUAUUUGUGGAUGUUUUGCAUAAAUAGUUGAUCUUGAUUUCUCAGGAACUUUGUUUAGAAUCCAUUUUAUUCCAAUGCAUGCCAUGAAAAGUCAUGUUUUAGUUUUCAUUAUGAUAUAUAAAUUAGAAAAGCCAUUUUACUUGAGUAUUUAUUGCAUUUUUGGAAGUGAUGUAUCUAGCAAUAGUGCCAGAUUUCACUUACUGAAAGAUAUCAAUUUUGCUGUGGCAAACAAAAGUAUUUUCAAUUUUUGUAUUCAUUGCAUUUAAUUAAAUCCACUUAUGCCUGUUCAGCUGAAAUGAUGGUAGAAUAAGCAGUUGUGUGUCCCCAGCCGUACUACUGGAGGUUUGAACUCCCCAAGUCAGUCAGUAAGUCACACUGUCUGGGACAAAUCUCAUAUACUCUGUCACCUACAAUUGCCAAAUUUUAUUUUCUAGUAUAUAAUAGGGUGGCACAGUGUGGCAUAGUGAAAUUUGGUUUUGUUCUCCACUAUAUAGAAGUUAUGACCCUUUGUUCAUUUUCAAUCCCAAAGCUUGUCUAGAGAUGGGAGACUGGAUUUUUUACAGUGCUUUAUCUUGAUUUGGUACAUCUUUGUUGUGUACCAUAUGUAUUUACAUAACUACACAAUUGAUCACCUUUUUGUUAAAUAACAUUAAUGACAGAGAACACUAGAAUGGCAUUGUGUAGACCAGACUGCUGGAAGCCUGAUAAGUGUAACUACCGGUUGUUAUGGUCUGCUGGAAGCCAGAUAAGUGUGACUACCGGUUGUUAUGGUCUGCUGGAAGCCAGAUAAGUGUAACUACCGGUUGUUAUGGUCUGCUGGAAGCCAGAUAAGUGUAACUACCGGUUGUUAUGGUCUGCUG